AUGGCUCCUCCGACCGCUCCCGCCAAGAAGGCCACGGCCUCGAAGCCCAAGACUCCCAGCUACCAGGACAUGAUCACUGACGCUAUUGUCAACCUCAAGGAUCGCAAUGGAUCCAGCCGCCAGUCCCUCAAGAAGUACGUCAAGGCCAACAACGCCCUGAACGUCCAGACGGACAAGAUGUUCGACUCCCUGUUCAACAAAGCGCUCAAGAAUGGCGUGGACAAGGGUGUUUUCGAGCAGCCCAAGGGUCCCUCCGGUGGCACCAAGCUCGCCAAGAAGAAGGCUGCUGCCGAGAAGAAGCCCGCGCCUAAGAAGGAGGCCGCGCCCAAGAAGGAGCCUGCCCCCAAGAAGGAGUCCGCGCCCAAGAAGGCUGCCGCCCCUAAGAAAGCCGCCGCUCCGGCUGCUGCCAAGAAGGAGACUGCUACUGAGAAGAAGCCCGCUCCCAAGAAGGCCGCUGCCCCCAAGAAGGCUGCUGCCCCCAAGAAGGCCGCCGCUCCCGCUACCAAGACUGGACGCGUGACCAAGCCCGCCGCUGCCAAGAAGGCCGCCCCCAAGAAGGCGACGCCGAAGAAGGCUGCUGCUGCUACUGCUAAGGCGUAA